CUGAGCGCACGUGGUUGUUGAGUGGUUCUGAGGAAAUCAGGCCGGCGCUAGGACCGCGGCGUCGUGCUUAGUGGCAGCAGCCCUGCAGAGCCAGAGCCGUUUGGGAGGCGUAGUGGAGCAAAGGCAAAAGGGGAGCGGGGUAAAUGAAAACACUUUACCUGGCCUUUUUCUGUGGGAUUUAGCAGCCUGCGAAAAUCGCCUGACGCCACCAGGGCAAUGUUCCGGAGGCAUUUUUGAUUUGUCGUCGAGGUAACCUUUGAGAAGAGGCUCCUUGCCCAAGUGAAGGAGAUUGUGGGCUUUGGAGCUGCUGCUCUCCCUCUGAGACGCUGACUGUCUUCCUCUGUCCAGUAUGACGGACGUGGUGAUCGUGAAGGAGGGAUGGCUCCACAAACGAGGAGAGUACAUUAAGACGUGGAGGCCGAGGUAUUUCUUGCUGAAGAAUGACGGUACGUUUAUUGGUUAUAAGGAGAGGCCACAGGACGUGGACCAGCUAGAGACGCCGCUCAAUAACUUCUCUGUGGCACAAUGUCAGCUGAUGAAGACGGAGAGGCCGAAGCCCAACACAUUUAUCAUCCGCUGCCUGCAGUGGACCACUGUUAUUGAGCGCACGUUCCAUGUGGAGACCCCGGAGGAACGGGAGGAAUGGACUAAAGCCAUCCAGGCUGUGGCUGACAGUCUGCAGAAACAGGAAGAGGAGAUGAUGGACUCUUCUCCUGACCCCAUGGACAUGGAGAUGUAUCUAACCAAACCUCGGCACAAAGUGACUAUGCAUGACUUUGAAUACCUCAAACUCCUUGGGAAAGGCACUUUUGGCAAAGUCAUCCUGGUGAAGGAGAAGGCCACAGGAAAAUAUUACGCCAUGAAAAUCCUUAAGAAGGAAGUAAUUGUAGCAAAAGAUGAAGUGGCUCACACACUCACAGAAAACCGCGUCCUCCAGAAUUCUAAGCACCCUUUCUUGACGGGGCUGAAAUACUCGUUCCAAACACACGACCGCUUGUGCUUCGUCAUGGAGUAUGCAAAUGGAGGAGAGCUUUUCUUCCACUUGUCACGGGACCGGGUAUUCUCUGAGGAUCGGGCACGGUUCUAUGGAGCAGAAAUCGUUUCUGCACUGGACUAUCUGCACUUGGAGCGGAACGUAGUUUACCGCGACCUGAAGCUGGAAAAUCUGAUGCUGGACAAAGACGGCCAUAUAAAGAUCACUGACUUUGGGCUUUGUAAAGAGGGCAUAACGGACGGAGCCACUAUGAAGACCUUCUGCGGCACCCCUGAAUAUCUGGCUCCUGAGGUGCUGGAGGACAACGAUUAUGGCCGUGCUGUAGACUGGUGGGGCCUGGGCGUGGUCAUGUACGAGAUGAUGUGCGGCCGCCUGCCCUUCUACAACCAGGACCACGAGCGCUUGUUUGAGCUCAUCCUAAUGGAGGACAUCCGUUUUCCACGUACACUCGCCCCUGAGGCUAAAUCGCUGCUCUCUGGCCUUCUCAAGAAAGAUCCCAAACAGCGGUUAGGAGGUGGGCCUGAUGAUGCGAAAGAAAUCAUGCAGCACAAGUUUUUCGCUGGAAUUGUGUGGCAAGAUGUUUAUGAGAAAAAGCUGAUUCCUCCGUUUAAGCCCCAGGUUACCUCAGAAACAGAUACGAGAUAUUUUGACGAGGAGUUCACUGCACAGACCAUCACUAUCACACCACCGGGAGAAGAUGAAAACAUGGAGCCGUUCGACAGUGAGAGGAGACCCCACUUCCCCAAGUUCUCCUACUCUGCCAGUGGAACGUGCUAGACAACCCUUUUCCCGUAUCAGCCUCCGCGCCACUGAGUCCAGCGCCCCCUGCCGGGUGCUUCGGGUAGCUGUUGCUCUUUUGCACCACUGACCAACGACACAUUUCCCCCUACAACCCACAGCCUGGCCUAAGUGUACAGGCAGCCUUCUCCUGGAUUUCAUCCGCUUCAGAUCGUGGCCCUUUCAUUAUUUUGGUUUGCUUUACAUUUCAUAAUAUUGUGAACGAUAAACAUCAACCUUCUAGCAAUUUUAUGUUUCCUUUGUGGCCUUCUAAUGAUUUUUUUUUUUUUUUUCCUGAGGAUAUGAGAAGGAACACACGCACACACGCACACACACACACACACACACACACACACACACACACACACACACACACACACACACACACACAAAUGAAUACAUCAGCUGACAGGUUUUAUAGCACUUCAUAAACAAAGUCAGAUAUUUACAGUAGAUCUAAUGAAAUGCCAAAUAUACUUGUUUUACUUUUAUUUAAAAAAAAAAAGAAGACCAAUUGUUUGGACCAACUGAAACCUUUCUACAUUUUUAUACACUGAAAGACUGAAUUCAAGAAAAUGUCUUGGAAAAAGUGUAACGCAGCAUUUCAAUUAAGCAGAACCUUGCCUAGCCGGUAUGAAUAUCAGUUCACUUCUAGAUGUAUGGACUGGAAUUGCUUUAGCCCCCCGCUUCAGGCUAAAAAUUUACCCUGCAUUCAUAAUCAUUUGUACUAAAUGUGCAAUACUGUAGCAAAAUAAUAGAUAGAUUUUAGUAUCGUGGUUAAGUUUGAAACAAAGCCAAUUCAGUCUUUAGGAACUGAUUUUUUUUUUCCAGUCCUCAAAGCAGUCAGGAGUUGUUCUCAUUUUAAUAACUUAAAAAAUGCACAGAUACAUCCAACCAUUCUGGACUUGAACAUUAUCCCACAUGCAAUGUAUUUUAUAAUCUUGUUGUCUGGGUACUCCUCUUCCAUUCUCCUUUCUCUUCUUUCCUACUUCCAUUUUUUGGUUGUUUUCUGUAUUAAGUGCAUUAUUUGCAGUGCACGUUGCACAGCCUCAGUGAGGUACUACAGCUAGAACUACUCUAACAACUUUAGGGACUUUCGUACAAGUUUGGCUUUGAAUCCAAGGGACCCGAGUGGCAGAACCAGCUUCCGACCUUUUGGACUGUCUUUUUUUUUUUUUUUUUUUUUUUUUUUUUUUAAACCUGGAUGUGUUCAAUAUUUAUAUAUUAAAAACCAGCAGAUUGACUGUGCAGGACAAGUCCUCUUCCCUGCUUCAGAUGUUGUUACGUUUGUACAUUUCGGCAUUACUCAUACCGUAGAGGAGCUACACGUAAAACUAAACAUGUGGUGGUGCUUUAGCUCGCAAAGUCGGCCGUUGUUUACCAUCCAAAGCCGCUGAGAGUAUUUGAGUCUACAUAUUUGCUCUGUUUAUUUGAUUAAUGUGUUCGAGGCAUUUCCAACGAUAAACGCAGCCACACUUUUCAUGGUUUUACAGGCUCUCGCACUUAAAAUGCUGAUUUAGAAAGAGCUAUGGAAUGAGCUACAAUGAAACAUGGUUAUGAGUGUAAUUUAAUUUGAUUAUGAAGUCUCUAAUGAAAGGAAAAAAAAAAGUACCUGGAGCUCCUUUACGCUUGAAGGUGACAUGAACCAGCACAUCUCUCCAUUAAUCUAUUGCAAGGUGUAAAUACCGUGAAAUUGUUUUCAGAUACAAUCCAGUACAGUGCAUGUACAGAUACUGAAAUGAGACUUGUACAGUUAUAGAAUCUGUUAAGCUAAGCAUCAUGAACAUGUCUUUAAAAGUGACUCUUUUUUUAUUGUCACAAUUUUUAAGUGCAUUACUCUGAUCAGUGUUCAGAUUUCACGUAGUAAUCAUCAGGCUAAACUUCAACAUGAGUAAAUGAAUGUAAAUGCUUUUUCCCUCUUCACUUUUUUUUUUUUUUUUUUUUUU